UAGGACUCGCUCGGAUUAAUGACUUCGCUAGGAGUUCUUAGACAAGAACCCCAAAUUCGGCCGGACUCGUAAGACCUUCUGCGAGAGAGAACCUCGGUCAUCCUGCGAGAGAGAGUCGUCGCCAUCGCUCCCUGCUUGCCCUGCUCCCUCAUCCUCGUCCUCCUCACCCUCAUCUCUGCGUCCUGCUUGCCCUCAUCUGCAUCCUGCUUGCCCUCAUCUGCUCCUCUUGCCUCUUGCCUGUUGUUUGAGAAAUUUUCAAAGAUUUAUCGCUUUGUCAUUGAAAAUGCAAAUGCAAUGCUCAGUCAGUGCGAGUCUGAGUCCGAGCAGAAGAGGCAGAGGCACCGCUGUCGAUUCACUUCCAAUGGCAGCCGUCGGUGGUCCUAAGUGGGCACAGAAGACCAUAACUCUGCCUCCCCUCAAGAGGGGUUGUCAUCUCGUCACCCCUAAGAUAGUGAAGGAAAUUGGGGAGGACUUGUCAGAAUUCAAGUGUGGCCUUGCCCACCUCUUCUUGCAGCACACAAGUGCUUCUCUUACUAUCAAUGAGAAUUAUGACUCUGAUGUUCGUCACGAUGCAGAGACAUUCCUCAAUACCAUUGUUCCUGAGGGGACCUCUGCACCAUGGAAGCAUACCCUUGAAGGCCCAGAUGACAUGCCAGCACAUAUUAAAUCAUCAAUGUUUGGCUGCACUCUGACGGUUCCAAUUACAAAUGGAAAACUCAACAUGGGAACUUGGCAGGGAAUAUGGUUGUGUGAGCAUCGUGACUAUUCUACAGCACGGAAAGUUGUGGUUACCCUGAAUGGAAUAUGAGAUUCUAAGAUUUGGAUAUUUUUCAUCCAAGUCUGUAGAUAAGUCGUACGUAGACAUCUGGUUUGUUCAUGGGAACCUCCUGGAGAGAUGUUAACGUCCUAGCUGUUUUCUGCAUCUUUCUGGCUGAAUGAACAUCUGGUACCUUGUUACUUGUAAAGGAUUUACUACUUUCUGGCUUAUACAUACAAUAGCAAUUUCAAGUAAUUAUUUUAAAAUUGAGUAAAAAAUUGAACUUGUCAGACA